AUGCCAAAUAGUGGGGAAACCAUCUCAAUUGUUCUGGUAACUGGUGAAUUUCUAUUGGGCAUUCUGGUGAAUGGAUUUAUAGCAAUGGUGAACAGUACCGACUGGGUCAGGAGCAAGAAACUGUUAACAAGUGACAUCAUCCUGGUCAGCCUGGCUAUCUCCAGAAUUGGACUUGUGAGUAUUAUAACGUGGAAGAGCUAUUUGGUUAUGAAUGAUAUUUAUGUAUUCAUCUUCGAUGGAGUUUUAAGAACAAUUGAUAUCUUCUUGGUACUGACUCAUAGUUCAAGUAUUUGGUUUGGCACUGUCCUCAGCAUUUUCUAUUUCUUAAAGAUUGCUAAAUUCUCUAAUCCCUUCUUCCUCUGGAUGAAAUGGAGAAUUGACAGGAUGAUCUACAUGCUUCUUGGAGGGCCUUUGAUAGUUUAUUUGUUCAUUCUCUUUUCAGUGAUGAAGACAAUGUAUUGCUACAGUAGCAGUUUCCUUUUUAGCAAUAAAAAGGGAAAUGAUUCCCAGGAGUUCCAAGUGAAUGAACCUUUGUUCAUCAUAUUCCAGCUUUUCUUCGGUUUUCUGAGUUUUAUCCCUUUUACUCUGACAUUAUUCUCAUUCUCUCUACUCAUUCUCUCCCUGUGGAGGCAUACUCGUCAGAUGCAACUCAAUGCCACGGGUUCCAGAGACCCUAAAAUAGAGGCCCAUGUCCGAGCCAUGAAAGCUGUGUCUUCCUUCAUCCUCCUCUUUUUAUUGUACUAUAUAGGUUUAUGUUUCAACUACGGGAGCUACCUGACAAAUAGUAAGGUGUUUUUCCUGCUGAGUAUGUCAGUCAUGUUGCUCUAUCCCCUUGGUCACUCACUGAUCCUGAUUCUGUGGAACAGCAAGUUGAAGAAGGUUGCCCUGAGGGUAUGGUGGAAGAUGAGGUGCUACCAGAAAGGAAAUCAUUUGUAA